AUGUCGCUCUUCGGUAACGUCGGCGCUACGUCGACAUCGGCAGGCCAAGCAAACACCACCGGUGAUAUAUCGAAAGAUGUCGCUCUCGCUCUACCUCCGGAGGAUAGCAUCUCAGACCUUCAAUUCUCUCCCGCUACCGAUCAUCUCGCAGUAGCCUCGUGGGACAAGAAAGUCCGCAUCUAUGAAAUCAACGAACAAGGCCAGAGUGAAGGAAAAGCGCUCUUCGAUCACGAAGCCCCCGUUCUAAACUGUUGUUGGGCACCGGAUGGAACGAAAGUGGUAGGGGCCGGCGCCGACAAAGCUGCUCGCAUGCUCGAUCUUGCUUCGAAUAGCACGACCGCCGUUCAAGUGGCUGCCCACGAUGCUCCAAUCAAAUGCUGUCAAAUGAUCCCCAACCCGAAUGGAAAUGGCCCCCUUCUCGUCACCGGCUCAUGGGAUAAAACAAUCAAGUACUGGGAUAUCCGAAGCUCGAACCCCAUUGCCACGGUAGAAUGUCAAGAGCGCGUUUACACGAUGGAUGUGAAGAACAAACUGCUUGUUGUCGGAACCGCCGAUCGGUACAUCAACAUCAUCAAUCUGGACAACCCUACCAAAUUUUACAAAACCAUGCAGUCGCCUCUGAAGUGGCAGACGCGGGUAGUCAGCUGCUUUACCGACGCAACGGGGUUUGCGGUCGGCAGUAUUGAGGGCCGGUGUGCCAUCCAGUACGUCGAGGAGAAGGACUCCAACUCCAACUUCAGUUUCAAGUGUCACCGCGAGACUCCUCCCAACCAGCGGGACCUUAACAACAUCUAUUCUGUCAAUGCAAUCUCAUUCCACCCGGUCCACGGUACUUUCAGCACGGCAGGUAGUGACGGCACCUUCCACUUCUGGGAUAAAGACGCCAAACAUCGCCUGAAGGGCUAUCCCUCCGUCGGAGGACAGAUCUCUAGCACGGCCUUCAACCGCACCGGCACCAUCUUUGCCUACGCCGUGAGUUAUGACUGGAGCAAGGGAUACUCGGCCAACACCCAACAGCUUCCAAACAAGGUGAUGCUGCAUCCGGUUGCACAGGAAGAAGUGAAACCUCGGCCGAACACUCGGAAAAGGUAA